UUGAGUCAGAUCAGUCGUUCGCAGAGCAGUUUAAAAUAAGCAUUUAUUCGAAAACAAGAAAAUGAGUCGAAAAGUGCAAGGUGAUAAUCCUAAUUAUCGUCCGAAUCGUCCAAGACGGCGAAAAGUUCCUAAAAAAUUCAACCCAAUGAGUGCUGAGACAGAAAGUGAAGAGGCAAGCGGAGGUGAAGGAAUGAGCUCUUCAGCUAAAAAAAUGAAAGCUACGUCAGCUGAUAUAAUUAUUAAUGUUACACAUUGCUACCGAAUCAUAGAAUUCAUAAGUGUUUUUGCUGCAAUAUCGGAUAUUUCUGUGUGCAAAACAUGUAAACGAAAGCAAACAUUUGGAGAAACAGGCAGUCGUGGAUUAGGAUUUAAAAUCGCCGUUACAUGUGCGUGUGGGACUGUUGUGAUUAAUUCGGGACCUUUUAUAAACAAUAGUUUUGAAAUUAACCGCAGAAUUGUGUUUGUGAUGCGUUUAUUAGGCGUGGCACGUAAAGGUAUAAACAUAUUUUGCGGCAUGAUGGAUUUAGGCUGUGAAUUGAGUGAACGUGCUUAUGACGGCAUUAUACAGCAUAUACAUGCUUCACUGCAAAAAAUUUAUAAUGAUACGUGUCACAAAGCUGUUGAGGAAGAAAAACAAUAUAAUGAGAAAGAGGAACAACCUUUAACAAAUCUCAAAGUAUCUGGAGAUGGCUCUUGGAAAAAGCGAGGAUUUUCUUCACUCUACGGUGUAACGACGCUCAUUGGAUAUAACACGGGGAAAGUCAUCGAUUUAUUGGUGAAAAGUAGUUAUUGCCAAAUAUGUACAUAUUAUAAAAACGAUAAAGAUAAUCCCGAAUAUUUGGAGCAUAAAGAAGAUGGGCAUUGUGCAGUGAAUCACAGUGGCUCAUCGGGUAAGAUGGAAGUAGAUGCCGUCGUAGAAAUGUUUCUCCGCUCUGAACAAUUACACAGAGUACGUUAUAGUAAUUAUAUAGGAGACGGUGACGCUAAAACGUUCAAAGCUAUUUUGGAUAUUGAACCAUAUGGUCAUGAGUUCAAAAUUAAAAAGAACGAGUGCAUUGGACAUGUGGAAAAGAGGAUGGGCAGUCGGUUGCGCAAUAUAAAGAAAAGUGCAAAAUUAGGAGGAAAAGGAAAGCUGACCGAUGUGUUAAUAAAAAAAUUAACAAGAUACUACGGUCUCGCUAUCAGGCGUAACAGUGAUUCUGUUAUUGAGAUGAGAAAGGCGAUAAUGGCAACAUUUUAUCAUUAUACUUCAACAAAUGAGAAACCGCAGCACGACGGCUGUCCUCCGGGCGCCGACUCGUGGUGUAAGUGGCGCGUCGCACAAGCCUUGGGGCAAGAAUUUGACCAUCCAGAUCCACUACAUGAAGAUGUGCAAAAACAUAUUCGUCCAAUUUAUGAAGAUCUGUCACGGGAUGAUUUGUUGGAGAGAUGUUUAGGUGGGCAUACACAAAAUGCUAAUGAGAGCUUCAACGCUAUCGUCUGGCGUUUAGCUCCUAAACAUCUCAAUUGUGGUAAAAAAAUCAUUGAGAUAGCUGCUUUUUUGGCUGCCGGCAUGUUUAACGAAGGAUUUUCGUUCGUCCUUCAAACAAUGCAACAUCUCAAUAUCGUAAUUGGAGAGCAGAGCAAAGGAUUCGCCGAUAAUGACGACAAACGCCGUAUUGAACAGCAGGAGCGCCGCUCUCUUGAUGCCACCAAAGAGGCUCGUACUUUUCGACAACAGCAAAAAACGGCUCAAUUAGAACAGUUUGAAGAAGAGGAGGGUCUACUCUAUGGCCCUGGAAUCGCAGAUUAGCAAAAAACUGCGAUCAUUUUUGUGACCUGUAUGCUGCACGGCGCAUUUUCAAGACGCUGUUUUCAAGCCGCCAUUGCACCGUUUUAUUCUUAACGAUUAGUCUUGAAAAAAAAUAUUUUCUUUCAAUAUUAUAAC